AUGAUUGUCAUCACCGGGGGCGCCGGCUUCGUUGGUUCAAGCAUCGUCAAGGAGUUGAACAACCGGGGCGUCACUAAUGUCGUGGUUGUUGACGACAUGACUGAUGGAUCCAAGUUCCGCAACCUGGUCAACUGCAAAGUGGCUGACUACAUCGAUGCCACUACCUUCCGUGAAGCGAUUCGGACCAAAACUUUUCCUCAUCGUCCCCGCGUCAUCUUCCACUAUGGUGCAAGCUCUUCCGUCUCCGAGACCAAUGGCAAGAAACUGCUUGAUACCAACUUCACCUACGCCAAGGAACUCUUCCAUUGGUGCAAGGACCAACGAGGAGACUUCCAAGAAGCCCCGCUGAACGUCUAUGGAUAUUCAAAGAUGCUGUUUGAUCAGUACGUCGUCAAGAACACCGACAUUCGCUCCCCUCAAAUCGCGGGGCUCCGCCUGUUCAACGUCUAUGGACCCGGAGAACAGAGUCGUGGGACAACACCUAGUAUGGUCUACCAGUUCUACAAAAAGCGCAAGUCGUUUAAAGCCAUUGAGCUCUUUGGGGAGUACGCUGGAGUCGAAGCGGGACAACAGAGGCGCGAUUUUGUCCACGUUCACGACGUCGCCCGUCUGAACUGUUGGUUCCUGGAUCACCCCGAGAUCAGCGGUAUUUACAAUGUUGGCACUGGUGUUGCUAGCAGCUUCCACGAUGUCGCUACCGAAGUUGCCAGCCACUUUGGCAAUCUCCAGGGGUACAUCAAAUUUGUUCCCUUCCCCACCGAAUUGAAAGGAAAACACCAGAGCUAUGCCUGCGCUAAUAUCUCGAAGCUGCGUCGGGCUGGCUCUAUGCUGCGGUUCCGUGGUAUCAAGGAGGGCAUUAAGGAUUACAUGGAGUGGCUCGAAAGCCCGGAAGGUCUGGCACAAAUUGACUACAUUUAG